GCUUCUGCGGGGCUGGGGGAGGCUUCCACUGAGGCUGGCAGGCAGCCCUUCCCUUCCCUCCCCCUCAGUAAAGGAAGGCAGGAAAAAACGUGUUUUUAUAAAUAGCUCCAGCCCCAGCUGAUUUGUAAAUUCAGUGGGUUUUUUGUGUCAAUGACAUCACCCUCCUCCCCAUAGCAACCCCCGACGAUAUCAAAAUUGCCAAGCAACGUUGGAGCAGCUCAGCGCCCCAAACGAGCAGGUCGCUGCCUGAGGAUUUAAUGGAGAAAUCCCAAAGUGAGCCUGGGUGCGUGGUGGAGGAGGGGCGUGCUGCGGCUGGGAAGGAGGCCGGAGCUCGCCGCCCGUGCAGCCUGCCAGGCAGCCUCAGGCCAGCUGGCGCUCCUCGGCCAAGGCCACGCUCCCUUUGACAGCCCUGUUGUCGACAGCAGAUGGGGGAGGGCACUGCUCCCUGGCUGAUGUGCCAGGAGCUGGGAGCAGCCAUCCAGGUGACUAAGCCGGCCCACUGGCACUGAGUCACCUGCUGGCCCGGAGAUUUCUUCCUUCCCUUUUGCAUCUGAUUAUUUUGGGAGCUGGAAACUUGGAGCUGCACCUGAGUCCCGCCCCUUCUAGUUCUCCCCUCUCUACCUUGGGCUGCGAGGAAGAUGGGACCUAUCAGGAAUCUGCUGCCACCCCCCAAGGAUAUGGAAGAUGCUGUGGGGGCCCGAGGUUCCGAGAGAGAGAUGCUGGCCGGCAAAGUGCAAUAACAGAUAUGGUGAUCAGGCUGCUGUGUCCUCUGGAGGUGUCGGGAGAGAAGGGGAGACUGGUCCGUGCUAACUGGAGUCCUCCUGGGCCGGCUUUGAACUCACCUCUCACAGGAUAUUGCUGUUCAUGAGUGGCUUCUAGGGUCAGAGUGGCAUUUGGAGAGCAAGGCUGGAUUGGCUUAGGCUGGCCGGGGCAGGGAGUGCCGCUUCCCGGGCUCCAGACAAGCACCAGCCUGCAGUGAGGAGCUUGAGGCCCAGCGGCCCCGAGGAGCGGCCACGGCCUCGGACUGCGGGCCAGGGAGGGUCCUCAGUCUUCCCUCUCCUCGGUGCCUGAGAGCUCUGCCCACUGAAGGGUGAGGAGUCAGGAGGAAGAGCAGGGGAGGAAGGCAGCCAGGAGGGAUUCUGUGGUUGAACCGUCCUGGGACAAACAGGAGUUGAAUGUGAUCUGAAAGAAAAAACAAAAAACUUUAACGUGCUGUUGGAUUCGACUUACUAGUUUUGUUUCGGAUUUUCCUUUUUAUUCACAGGCACCAUGUUCCGAAAGAAAAAGAAGAAACGCCCUGAGAUCUCAGCCCCACAGAACUUCCAGCACCGUGUCCACACCUCCUUUGAUCCCAAAGAAGGCAAGUUUGUGGGCCUCCCACCACAAUGGCAGAACAUCCUGGACACGCUUCGGCGACCCAAGCCCGUGGUGGACCCUUCUCGAAUUACUCGGGUGCAGCUCCAGCCCAUGAAGACAGUGGUGCGGGGCAGCUCGGUGCCCAUGGACGGCUACAUAUCAGGGCUGCUCAACGACAUCCAGAAGUUGUCGGUCAUCAGCUCCAACACCCUGCGUGGCCGCAGCCCCACCAGCCGGCGGCGGGCACAGUCCCUAGGGCUGCUGGGGGAUGAACACUGGGCCGCUGACCCGGACAUGUACCUGCAGAGCCCCCAGUCUGAGCGCACUGACCCCCAUGGCCUCUACCUCAGCUGCAACGGGGGCACACCAGCAGGCCGCAGGCAGAUGCCGUGGCCGGAGCCACAGAGCCCAAGAGUCCUACCCAACGGGCUGGCCACCAAGGCACAGUCGCUAGGCCCCACCGAGUUCCAGGGUGCCACACAGCGCUGCCUGCAGUUGGGUGCCUGCCUACAGAGCUCCCCACCCGGCGCCUCACCCCCCGCAGCCACUGGUAGGCGUGGGACCAAGGUUGCCAGGCAUGGUUCCGAGGAGGCCCGGCCACAGUCCUGCCUGGUGGGCUCGGCGACUGGCAGGCCAGGCGGGGAGGGCAGCCCCAGCCCUAAGACCCAGGAGAGCAGCCUUAAGCGCAGGCUGUUCCGAAGCAUGUUCCUGUCUACUCCUGCCACAGCCCCUGCGAGCAGCAGCAAGCCAGGCCCUCCCUCUCAGAGCAAGCCCACCUCCUCUUUUCGACCGCUGCAGAAAGAACCCACCCAAAGCCUGGUGGCCAAGGCCCAGUCCUUGCCCUCAGACCAGCCCAUGGGGACCUUCAGCCCUCUGACCACCUCGGAUACCAGCAGCCCCCAGAAGUCCCUCCGCAUAGCCCAAGCUGCCGGCCCACCCCCAGGCCGGUCUUCCCCCGCGGGCUCCCCACGCACCAGGCAAGCCCAGAUCAGCACCAGCAACUUGUACCUGCCCCAGGACCCCACGGUGGCCAAGGGUGCCCUGGCUGGCGAGGACACGGGUGUUGUGACACACGAGCAGUUCAAGGCUGCGCUCAGGAUGGUGGUGGACCAGGGUGACCCCCGGAUGCUGCUGGACAGCUACGUGAAGAUCGGCGAGGGCUCCACGGGCAUCGUCUGCCUGGCCCGGGAGAAGCAUUCAGGCCGCCAGGUGGCCGUCAAGAUGAUGGACCUCAGGAAGCAGCAGCGCAGGGAGCUGCUCUUUAAUGAGGUGGUGAUCAUGCGAGACUACCAGCACCUCAACGUGGUGGAGAUGUACAAGAGCUACCUGGUGGGCGAGGAGCUGUGGGUGCUUAUGGAGUUCCUGCAGGGCGGGGCCCUCACGGACAUCGUCUCCCAAGUCAGGCUGAACGAGGAGCAGAUCGCCACUGUGUGUGAGGCCGUGCUGCAGGCCCUGGCUUACCUGCAUGCCCAAGGUGUCAUCCACCGGGACAUCAAGAGUGACUCCAUCCUCCUGACCCUGGAUGGCAGGGUGAAACUCUCUGACUUCGGAUUCUGUGCUCAGAUCAGCAAAGACGUCCCUAAGAGGAAGUCCCUGGUAGGCACCCCUUACUGGAUGGCUCCUGAAGUGAUCUCCAGGUCUCUGUACGCGACUGAGGUGGAUAUCUGGUCUCUGGGCAUCAUGGUGAUUGAGAUGGUGGAUGGGGAGCCACCCUACUUCAGCGACUCCCCAGUGCAAGCCAUGAAGAGGCUCCGGGACAGCCCCCCACCCAGGCUGAAAAACUCUCACAAGGUCUCCCCAGUGCUUCGAGACUUCCUGGAACGGAUGCUGGUGCGGGACCCCCAGGAGAGAGCCACGGCUCAGGAGCUCCUGGACCACCCUUUCCUGCUGCAGACAGGGCUGCCCGAGUGCCUGGUGCCCCUGAUCCAGCUCUACCGCAAGCAGACCUCCACCUGCUGAGCCCGGGGACACUGGGCAGCCAGCCUGCCGGCGGGGCCUGCCUGCCUCAUUCUCUCAGUAUUCUCUCCAAAGAUCGAAUGUGAAACCCCACCCACACCCUUCUGCCCCUCAGCCCACUGGGCCAGGCCGGACCUGCCCCUCGGUCUCUCUGCCUCCCAAGAGAGUCCCCAGUUGCCUUUGGGAUGGUGGAGACCCCCUUCUACAGAAUGACCCUCUGUUAUUUGCACAGGGAUAUUUCUAAGAAACGUGGAGACCCGCACUCCUGGCCACGUGGCCAACACAGCAGAAAAAGCUGCUGCGGUUUUUUAAAAGUAGUUGUACAUUAGCAUCCCAGGUCACCGAGAGGGCAGACUGCCUGUCUUCGCCAGGAUACUUGCUGUUCUCAGCUCCAGCUCUAAACCCUGGGGUCUCAAGAGGGCCACAGGGAAGGUUUCUAUUGCCUGAAGCCGUCUUCCUCCUUUACGUCUGACUUCCUGAAGGUACGGUCCAACCUGCACCUGUUUCCUGACCCACCUGCACUGACACCACUCUCCCUGCACAGCCUGCUCCAAACUGUGAACAGCCUGCUCUCUGGCCAGGGGUGGAGGAAGGGCAUUUGUCUGGGUAAAAGAGAAAGAAUGCGGUUGGUGGCAAACAUAAUCUCACUUUACAGGAUGGAGAGAACAUUGUGUGUGUGUGUGUGUGUGUGUGUGUGUGUGUGUAAGUGGAGGACAGUCACCCUGACAGCCUGGCUCCCUUCAGGUCACUCACAGGUCACCUACUUCAGUAAGGCUUCCCAUCCUUUCUGCCACUAAAUUCUACCAGGAAGGGACUGCUUUCUUGGCCUGGCUUCCCACCUCCUAAGUCCCGUGUUUCUACCUGAACAGUGAAGAGAGCUGACACAUCCCAGGGGCUUCGCAGAUUUCCAGGCGUCUCCUGUACUGUGGAGUCUGAGAGCCAGAGAUGGGAAUGGUAAAGGAACAAACUUUGUUUUUGCCUGUGAGCUUUCUCUCAAUAACCAGGUCAUCAAGGACCCAUUAUUUUCAAAAAUCUUGGUCUGAGGGAGAUGAACCACCCCCUGGGGCUCCAUCCUGUCAAGAAAAUGGACACCCCCUUUGUGCAAACCAUCUGCCCUAGCUGCCUCUUCAGACACCUGUCUCUUUGUCCCCCUUCCCUCCCCACCUUCAGGGAUGUUGUGAGUCAGGGAAUCCAGGGAAGAACUCCAGGUGUCAGGACCCUAUCUAGAUAAUAUUUUUAGAUUCCUCUGCUCCCUAGUGGCCUGCUUUGGGCCCCCCCCCCAAAAAAAAAUUGCAAGGACUUUUUUAAGGGUCAGAGUUUUAAAAACAAAAGCAUCUUCCCUAGAAACUUUUGUGAAUUGUUUGCACUUGUGCCUGUUUUAAAUUAAACUGAGUGUUCAAAACC